AUGGAGAACCGGGUGACUCUUGGCUCUAUCCAGAAGACCGUCUGGGACGGGCGCAUCCCACUGGAAAUUGUCCUGGCAUCAUCGGAAAGUCGAACUUUUGAUCAGACAGAUCCAUACCUCAUCUCAUACCCACGCAUCUCAUAUCUCCCCUCGUUGCUUCCUAAGCUUCGAGCAUUUUUCUCGAACUCAUUAAUAGAACCAGACUCCCAGCCACAUGAUGGUUGGUUCGAGUUCGAGGGAGUGCCUCUGAAGUGGCAUUACCCAGUCGGCCUGCUAUUUGACCUCUAUGCUGGAGCGGACCCUGCUUCAAAGACUACCUCAAUAGGUGACGAGUCCCCCGAUAGAGUUUCACCGUUACCUUGGAAAUUGGUAGUUCAUUUCAGAGACUGGCCGGAUGAGGAACUUGUGCGGCUUGAUGCCGAUGGUAUGGUCAUGAACGAUGCCUUCAUCAACAGCGUGAAGGAGGCGGAUUUCCUCCGAAACGGCACAGCAAAAGGCAUCAUGAGCCUUUCGAAAGAAGACUCGUCGGGACUCUGGAAGGCCGUCGAAGAUGAUGCGGAGUCCUCGUCCUUGAAAGUGGUACAGUCACCAAUUCCACCUUCAAUACCAGCGUCGAGCAUGCAGUCAAGUCAACUUUUGCCAUCGCGUGCCAGUCCAACUACCCAGACUCAAACCGUGGGGACUAUUCUGCACACGUUGCUACCAAAUCUCUUUCCUAGUCGGAGAACUCCUGUUCUCGCGAAGCCUGUUUUGCAUGGCGCUGUGAUACCUAUGUCGGCUCCAAUUGAGGAGGUGGUUAGAAGCUCUGCUUAUGGGGAUGGGUGGGCGUAUCUGGUCGUUCGGAUGAUGGGAUGA